GUAUGAAAAACACAAAAAUAGAAUUCGCAACAGAAGCAGCAACAGAAACUUAAACACUUGAAGAAAUGGCGGAUUUGGAAGCAGUAUUAGCUGAUGUCAGCUAUCUAAUGGCGAUGGAAAAAUCCAAAUGCACCCCAGCUGCAAGGGCCAGCAAAAAAUUAAUUCUACCAGAUCCCAGUGUCAGAAGCGUUAUGUACAAGUAUCUUGAAAAGGAAAAUGAACUUAACUUCCACAAAAUCUUUAAUGAAGUUUUAGGUUACUUGUUGUUCAAAGACUUUUGUGAAAAUGAUUCCGAUGAGCCAAUACAACAGUUGAAGUUUUAUGAACAGAUAAAAAGCUUUGAAAAAACAGAGUGCUAUGAAGAACGAAAAAAAUUGGCCAGAGAAAUUUAUGAUAAUUUUAUAAUGGAAGAAAUGCUCUCUCACACAUAUGAAUACUCCAAAGAUGCUGUUGCUAGUGUCCAAAAAUAUUUGUUGAAAAAUGAAGUUCCAAUGGACUUGUUUGAGCCAUACAUGGAAGAGAUUUUCACUCAACUAAAGGGCAGACCAUUCAAAAAGUUCUUAGAAAGUGACAAAUUUACCAGAUUUUGUCAGUGGAAAAAUUUGGAGCUCAAUAUUCAACUGACAAUGAACGAUUUUAGUGUGCAUAGAAUAAUUGGGCGUGGUGGUUUUGGAGAGGUUUACGGAUGUCGAAAAGCGGACACUGGAAAAAUGUAUGCCAUGAAAUGUCUGGAUAAAAAGCGCAUUAAAAUGAAGCAAGGUGAAAUGCUGGCUUUAAAUGAGCGUAAUAUGCUGCAAGCUGUCAGCACCGGAAUUGAUUGUCCCUUUAUUGUCUGUAUGACAUACGCAUUUCACACACCCGAUAAGCUGUGCUUCAUAUUAGAUUUAAUGAACGGCGGAGACUUGCAUUAUCAUUUGUCGCAACACGGCGUUUUUAGCGAAGAUGAAAUGAAAUUCUAUGCAGCAGAAGUGAUUCUGGGGUUGGAGCAUAUGCAUAAAAGAUGCAUUGUUUAUCGAGAUCUGAAACCUGCUAACAUAUUGCUCGAUGAGAACGGUCAUAUUCGAAUUUCUGAUUUAGGCUUAGCCUGUGAUUAUUCAAGGAAAAAGCCGCAUGCUUCCGUGGGAACUCACGGUUAUAUGGCGCCAGAAGUAUUGUCAAAAGGAACAUCAUACGAUUCAUGUGCAGACUGGUUUAGCUUUGGAUGUAUGUUGUAUAAAUUGCUUAAAGGACACUCACCAUUUAGGCAGCAUAAAACAAAAGAUAAACAUGAGAUUGAUAGAAUGACAUUAACCAUGAAUGUCGAACUCCCGGAUUCCUUUUCUGCGGAAUUAAGGAAUUUAUUGGAAAUGCUACUCCAAAGAGAUGUACCCAAGCGUCUUGGCUGUAUGGGAAAUGGGGCUGAUGAAGUUAAAAUGCAUAAUUUCUUCUGCGGAAUCGAUUGGCAUCAAGUUUACAUUCAGAAAUACACUCCACCGCUAGUUCCCCCACGGGGUGAGGUCAAUGCUGCAGAUGCCUUUGACAUUGGAUCUUUCGAUGAGGAGGACACAAAGGGCAUUAAAUUAAACGACACAGACCAAGAUCUUUACAAGCAUUUUUCAUUGACUAUAUCAGAAAGAUGGCAGCAGGAAGUAUCCGAAACAGUAUUCGAAACAAUAAAUCUGGAGACAGAUAAAAUCGAACAAAAAAAGAAAUCUAAGCAGAAGCUGCAUUUUGAUACAGAUGAAAAAGAAUCUGAUUGUAUUCUUCAUGGAUAUAUAAAGAAACUGGGCGGAUCUUUUGCGUCUUUAUGGCAAACUAAAUACGCCAAAUUGUAUCCAAAUCGGUUGGAACUACAUUCAGAGAGUGGAAAUAACAAACCAGAACUUAUAUUUAUGGACCAAGUAGAAGACAUUUCGUCUGAUUUCAUUCUUCACAAAAACGAGAACUGUAUACAAAUCCGUAUUAACGAUGGCAGUAGGGAUGGUAGAAUUGUUUUAACAAAUUCUGACGAAAUUGGCUUAAAGGAAUGGGCAUCAUCACUGAGAUCGGCUCACAAGAUGUCACAAGAUCUGUUGGGCUCUAUGGCAAAGAAAGCUGGCAAAAUUUAUGGCAGUGAACGAGAUGCUAAUAAAUCGAUGUAUAUAUUAGGGGGUAGCAGUUCAACGAAAUCGUCUAAUGGGUCUAAUUAAAGAAACUCAAUAAAAUGAAUAAACUAAAUUUAACCUACAUUAAGAUUCCUGCUUUGUAAAACCUCAGUAGGAAUGUAAUCAAGAAAAAUGAUUCCUAAUAAAUCCAAUCUUGUAAAAUCA